AUGGGUAAUAUUGAUCCGGAAGAAUUUGGCGAAACCUUUCGUACAUAUGGUUGUGAUCAAAGUGAUGAUGAUGGAGAAAAUGAAAAAGUAGAAAAGGAUAUGGGAAGAGAACAUUAUAUUUCAGUUGGAAAGAGUACUCUUCGGCACAACCUGUUCAUUUUGGAUGAUCCAAAGUAUGUUGGAAAACAUAGUAAUAGGAAAGAUAUAUUUGAUGAUUCCAAUGACAUUGAAGAUAUCGAAAUGACAUUCGGACAAGGAUCUGAAUAUGACAAUGAAAAUGAGAUAACGGCUUAUAACAAGGAGGAUAAACUUUAUUCAGAUAAAAGGAAAGGUGAUGAAGAUCAGGAAUCAGAUUUUGAUAAUAAAGAUGAUGGCGCAUCUUUAGAAAAUGGUUCACUUGUUCAGGAAGAAUUAAAAAAAAUUGAAGAAGAUGAACGGAAUUUGUUACACAAGAUGACACAAAAUGUUCAAGAAGAUAUAAAUAAAGGGCGGCAUGUUAAAACACAGCUGGGACUUUGGGAUACAUUUUUAGAUACUCGAAUUCGCCUCCAAAAAGUUGUCUCUAUUGCUAAUUCAUUACCUCAAAAUGAUGUUUAUUCAGGAUUUCUUGAGCAAGAAUCAGAGAUAGCUGUUCAAGAAACACGAAAAGAAUUAAGGGAACUUGUAGAUUCACUUAUAGAUUUAAGAAAGGAUUUAUACAACGAGAAUGAAAAUAUUGAAGGAAUUUCUGAUAACACUAUUAAUAGUCGUAAGCGUCAUCUUGAUGAUGAAGAUUACGCAGAGUACUUAUGGAAAGACAUGAAAGAAUUACGUGAUCAAUAUUUACCCUAUCGUAAGCAAACUAUUGACAAAUGGAGUAAUAAGGUCCAAAUCGCCUCAGGUAUUCCGCUAAAUAAAAAGUUCAAAGCUAUUAAUCAAGAUGUAAAUACACAAAUCGACCAAAUUUUACAAGAUAAAGAAAGAUUGAUUAAGAGAACACAAUUGAAAAGAAAUUCAGAUAAAAUUUUAGGAAAGAAAGAUCAUGACGGAACUAAUAAAGAUAUAAAGAAACACGACGAACAUCUUUCAAAUUAUGAUGCUGAAAUUUUUGAUGACACUGAUUUUUAUCAGCAGCUUUUGAGAGAACUUAUAGAAAGUCGCAUGAUUGAUACAGACGAUCCAGUUGCGCUUGGAAUGCAAUGGGCGGCAAUUAGACAAACAAAACAAAAGAAAAAAAAGGUUGAUACCAAAGCGAGUAAAGGGAGGAGACUAAGAUAUCAUGUUCAUGAAAAAUUACAAAAUUUCAUGGUACCAAUUCCAAGUAGUACUUGGCAUGAAGACAUGAUCGAUGAAUUAUACGCUUCUUUAUUGGGUAAAAAAUAUGAAGAAGGUUCAGAAUUAAGUGAAAAUGAAAUCAGAUCAGAAACAGAACAAAAAGGAGAAAAUAAUAUAAUCGAAGCUAGUUUGAAUGGUUUGAGAAUAUUUGGAUAA